AUGUCACAGGCGUAUGCUCUGGAACACAGCCAGAAGUUUGAGAUGCUGUUUCAGCAGUGGGAUGAAAAUGCGCAGAAAUCUAAGCAGCAGAGAGAAAAUCUACGCCUUUUGUAUGAACAGCAACAAAGCAUACUUCAUUCACUUAGAGUUAAUCAGAGCCUGCAACUGAGAAAACUUAAAGAGAUGUACGAGGAAUUCGUGAAGAGCAUCAAAGAAUUGGAGGAGGAAGAGGACAAUGAUUAUUUUAAUCCAGAAAGUAAGAUGAGACAAGAAAUGAAAGCCCUGCAAAACAAGCUUUUACUGAAAGCUCACGAGCAAGAGGUAGCAAGAAUUCGAAAGUCUGUUGAAUCCAUGAUCAUCAGCUCAUGACUCCUGCCCAAAUGGACUGGAAUCAAAGUAGCAUGGCACGAAUCUAACAGUAGUGGCAUGAAGCCACAUGACAGUAGUUUAAACCCCUUUCCCUGCUUGUUAAGGACAAGAAACCCUUUCUGUUAACCCCCUAAUAAAAUCGGGGACCCUUGUGACAAGACCUGCAUAGAUUUGUGUAUGUAUUCGUAGUUUUAGCCCAACAAUAGUAAUGGUAUGAUGAUUUGGGUCCCCGGUCCUGUUAAUUCACCUUUACCAGUAAAGAUGAUUGAAUUUUAGGUUUGGGCCUUAGUGAAGCUGCACCAGUCCCCAAAGUUAGGUGAGACAAUUAUAGAAGGUGAUCGUUGUUUUUGCUGAUAAUAAAUUGA